CUAUUUCACAUUUUGCUCACACAUUUUCUUAAAGCUGACUGACAUUUGUGUAAAUCAUGAAUAUUUUAUAUAUGGUUGGAAAUGGUCAGUCAUUAUGAAUUGCAGGACUUGCGUUAUCCGCAGGCGAAAAAUGAAAUUUCGUACUGUCGGCAUUGACUUAUAAUUUGCAAUAAUUUUGAUAUACGAAGAUAGGUAUUAAAAUAAACAAUGUAAAAGUAAACAUGAUAAACUCAAUAAUAAAUGUGAUUAAAAGAAUAAAUAAUGGUUACUACUAAUGAUCAGCUGUAAUAUUCAUUUAUAAGAUCUAUAAAAGUUUGCAAAAUGACUCAGGUCGUAAGUCAAAAACGUGGACGUGGCAUUGCUAGUGGUGAAACAUCUUCCGGUUCUUCAAGUUCAACGACACAACUUUCAGCUCUAAGCACAACCCCAGGCACCUUAACCGAUGAAUUGGCAGCCCUUUUCGAAUGUCCCGUUUGUUUUGAGAUUGUUUUACCACCUAUUAUGCAGUGUCAAGUGGGACAUCUAGUGUGUGCUAGUUGCCGCCCUAAGUUAUCCUGUUGCCCAACAUGCCGCGGAACACUAGGAAAUAUAAGAAACCUUGCUAUGGAAAAAGUGGCGAAUAAUUUAAUGUUUCCUUGCAAACAUAAAUCUACCGGGUGUCGAAUGUCAUUAGGUCUCAACGAGAAAGCUGAACAUGAGGAAAUCUGUGAAUUUCGUCCUUAUAGCUGUCCUUGCCCUGGUGCUUCAUGUUCUUGGCAGGGCCAAUUAGAUAAGGUAAUGGUGCAUUUGCAGCAUGCUCACAAAAAUAUAACUACCCUCAAUGGUGAAGAUAUUGUGUUCUUAGCGACUGAAAUCAAUCUAGCUGGUGCUGUAGACUGGGUAAUGAUGCAAAGUUGUUUUGGUCAUCACUUCAUGUUAGUAUUGGAAAAACAAGAAAAGAAUGAUGGACACACACAGUUUUUUGCUAUUGUUCAACUUAUUGGAUCUCGGAAGCAAGCUGAACAUUUUGCAUAUAGGUUGGAACUAAAUGGUAACAGACGUCGACUGAUAUGGGAAGCGAUGCCAAGGUCAAGCCAUGAAGGAGUUGCAUCAGCGAUAAUGGGUUCAGAUUGCCUUGUUUUUGAUAACUCUAUUGCCCAACAUUUUGCGGAUAAUGGAAAUUUAGGUAUAAACGUUACCAUUUCGUUAGUAUGUUAAAAUUUCUGUCACAAUUUACGGGGCACAAGUAAUAAUAUGGAUCCUUUAUAUAAACUUCAAGAAUUUACUCUCAUAUGUGUGUGUGUGUAUAUAUAUGUAAUGUUUGUAUGUAUGUAUGUAUGCAUGUAUGUGAGUGUAUUAAUAUGUAUAUAUAAUUUGAAAUGAUGACAAGAUGAGAAAGAGACAUGUAUAUGAUCACUCCAAUUAUUACUUAAUCUUACAGAGUGCCACCCGAUACAGCACAAACACCAUUUGGUUAUAAUUACCUUAGAAAGUAUAUUUUGUUAUUAGUUUGUUAUGAUUUUCUUGGUUCCACAGAAAAACAAAAAGGAACAUUGUAUCAUUUGUAUGUACAUGGUGGUUUUUUAUCCAUUUAAGGUAGGAGCUUUUAUGUGUAGUAUAUUUACUUAGUUAACAAAUACAGAAAUUUAUUUGUAUAUUGUCAUAACCUCAUUGCUUUUAAAAGUGAUAUAAAAUGUCAUUUAAUUUUCAGAAUUUAACAGUUACAAAACAAAUUUAUAUUUAAAAGUUAAAAUUUUAAUUUCUAAGCAAAAAGACCCUCAUAUUUAGGGGAAAUAGGUGUAGUGACAUUUAGUCGAUGAUAUUGGCUCCCUUAUUAUACAAACUGUAACGAAAGGAAAACGUUUUAUUUAUAUUUUGUUUUUCAUUUUUCACAGGCUGUCAAAUUUUGAGAUCUCAAAUUUUUAAGACUGGCAUAGAUUUACAUUCUAUAAAAAGUCAAAAUUUCUUUGAAAUUAUUUAUUGUUCAUACUCUGUCAUCUGUUAAUAAAUGUAAAUCAUAACCUACAGUGAAAAUUGGAAAAAAAGGAUAUUGACUGUGGAACCUUACUAGUAGCCUACACUUUACCUAUUUCCCAAUAAUAUAUGACGGUAUUAGGUUAUUUUAUUCAAUUGAAAAAUUUAAUUUUAAUAAAAAAAUUUUUUUAAUGUCACAUUUUCCAAACAAGGAUGUUUUGCUUAACUGGAUAAUUUAGUUUAACUGUAGUUUUGUUAUAUAUUUAUUAAUGUUUUGCAUGGGUAGUUGAAUCAUUCUAAUUAUCUUGUGUUUGUGAUGUGUAUAUGGCAUUAUUAUUCAUUAUUACUGUAUCAAAAUUAUCCACGUAAUAUAAUUUGCACCAUUUCAUUAACAUAAACUAAUAUCACCCUAUUUCAUAACUAAUCACCAUGUUAAUAAUUAGGAAUUUUGAUAUUUUUUGACAUCUAGCUAAUGCAUAUAAUUUUACCAAAUUUUUUUUAUUAUAAUUGCACAAUAAAAACAAUUUGAAAUAGAUAAAAUAUUUUAAUGUUUAAAUUACUUUAAUAUUCAAAAGGAAUCUAAACUAAAUUUUCUUGUUAAGUAGACAUAAAUAAUGGUAUUGGAAAUCAGUGUAAAUUAAUGUUAUUUUAACUAAUUUGUAUGUUCUUUAAAACACAGUUACGAUAAAUUAUAUUGUUUUAGGCCCAAUAUUACUUAGAUGUUAACUAACCAUUGUGAUAUAAAAGUAGUUACACGUAAUUUUCACUUUUCAAACUGAUUUCAAAAUUCUUAUUGCGAAGGUUAUACAUUAUUAUUGUUUUAAAAAUCGAAAUGUUCUAAGCAGUAUAUUGACAGUCAUAAAUUUUAUUUUAGAUAUUUGAUAAUUUAAAGAUUUUUUUCAACUAAUUACUAAAAAAAUGAAAUUUGUUUUAUAUUUUAUUUAAUAAUUAGAUAAAGAAAGCAGUAAGGAAUCUUAUUUAAUAGAGAUUAACUCAAUGGAAAUCAAACGAACAAAAUUGCUGUGUACAAAAUGGUUAAAUGAAAAAAAAGCAACCAAAACAAUUUCUGUAGCGGUACAUACUGCAAUCUUUUCCUUUUCUAAUAUUAAAUAUAAUUGACAAAACAGUUUCAGUGGAAUAUAGAGGUUAUCCUUACAAUAUAAAUCUAUGUACUAUAUCACAAAAUAUUUUUUUUCCUGUAAGUACAGGGCUCCUACACAUAGAAAUAAUAUCUUAUUCUUUUUCUGAACCGUGUUGAAUUAAGACCUGCACUGAUAUAAAUCAAAUUUGAAAUCAACUUUAUGCAAUUAGAUUAUUGGUUGAAGAUGUAUGUUUGAAUAUAUUUGAUUGGUAGUAAAGGACUGGACUAGCUUUUAAAAGUGACUUGUAUGAGCAUUUGAAAACCUGUGCAGAAAAUCUAUUAACUUAAUAAGCCAAUCCAGUCUUUUUGGAUCUUUGUUUAAAGUUGACAUUACAGUAUCUAAUGACUUUGACACCACAAUUAUAAAUUGAUACAUUUUGGUGAUUAGUUAUUAAUAAAAAUGAACUUUUUUGACACUAUUUGGCUGAUUUUUAAAAUAGUUUUGUAUGAUUUAUAACUAGUAUAUUAUUGUUCACUUUGCUUUGUAAGAAAAAAUGUAAACUUAUUUGCAAUAAAAUUUUUAUUUAA